AUGCUAGUGGAUUCGAUCAUUAAAACCGGUCCUCUGCCAGCGGUUGUGUUUAUUCCUGCCUCCUUCUCCCCGACUUCGUUCUACAACAAGACCAUUGACAAGCUCCGAGUGAUUGGGAUCGAGGCAAUAAUACACAGUCUACCAUCAGCGAGCCGAAGGCCGCCUGAACAGGCAGCCACAUUAGCAGAAGAUGUCGCGUACUUUCACGAUGUCGUUGCAAAACUCGUCGAUCAGGGCAAAGAUGUUGCUCUCGUUAUGCAUUCGUACGGAGGUAUUGUGGGUACAGAGGUCUGCAGAGGGCUAACGAAGAAAGAGAGAGAAGGAAAUGGUAUGAAGGGAGGGCUGGUAAGACUGGUGUAUGUCACUGCAGUUGUGCCGAUGCUUGGACAGUCUCUGAAUGAUGUGCUGGGAUCUCCAGCGAAUCUGAAGACCCAGGACGGGUACAUGAGAAAUGAACCAUAUGAGGACUGCGCAAAGUCUCAAUUCUCAGAUUUACCGCUGCAAGAAGGAGUUGCUUGGGUCAAACGAAUGACUGUUCAUUCGGCAGCCAGUUUUGCGGACAAGCUGAUGUUUGCGGGUUAUAACUAUCUUCCUGUGUCAUGGUUACUGUGUGAAGACGAUCAUAUCCUGACUGCAGACUUCCAACGACAGACUAUUGUGAUGAUCGAACGGGAGAGUGGAAACAAAGUUGCUGUUAGUAGACUUAGAGCUGGACACUUUCCAAACGCGAGUAUUCCGGAAGACACGGCGAAUGCUAUAUUCGAGGCGAUUACGGCGGAAUGA